GCUUGCGAUUUUGAAGAUGUUGUUGACCAGAGCAGCACUUUAACAACUUAAUCCUCAUUACUGUCCGCCAUGGUUGUUGUUUUUCUUACCGCUUGCACGUAUGAGGGCGCAGAAAAGUGACGUUUGUCGAGUAUCAGUGACGUUCAGUGCGGCCUUGGCUUUAGGUCAAAUUUGAAUCGGAUACGUAUCGGAUAUCCAAGUGGAGUGGGUCGUAUUCGAAAAGAAUCUGUCCUGUGCUGUUCAGACUGUCAUGAAAAGAUUGGAUGCAGGUCGCAUUACGGCAAAAAAAUCAGAAUUGGGUCACUUCAGGCUGCAGUGUGAAUGUAGCUUAGUAAACCAAUUGAUCAAGAUGCUGUUUCUUUCCGUCCAACGCCGCCUGACCGUGGACCGUGGAGGAUUGUCGAUCUGUAUGGAUGAAGAUGAACACGACCAGAGUUCGCCUCUAGCUCUGCUACCUGUCCUCUGAGAUGCUCUCGUAGAGAACUUUCUCUCCUGCACGCCCACUUACAUGCUGACGAGGAUCCAGCCCAGCACGCACACACACCCACCACCACCUAUCAGUGCAGGCGAGCAGCUCUGUUCGUACUGGUGUGUGCAGCGAGGAGCUGUAUUUCACUCCCCAUCCGCAGCAGCAGGACAGCUCCACAGGAGUGCGGUUGUCACCAGACAUCACACAGCAGCGCAAGCAAGUGGGACUGCCAUGGAGGACACCCUCACCUGCAGCCAUGCCACCUUCUCCCAGGUGUUUGGACGCCAGGGGCAGCUCAUGCAAGCCACUGUCCAGUCUCUGAACAACCUGAACGACCAGAUCGCUCAGUUCAUGGUGACCAGACCCUGCAGUCUGGCUGAUGAGGAGGAGGCCUUCAUCCCCGGAGAGAGGGACACCCUCAGGAAGUCCAUGACCCUGAUGAGACACCUGCUAAUGGACGCUCAGGGGAAAAUCCUUAAAAUGAUGGAAGACAACAAGCAGCUGGCACAGAGGAUCGAUGGGGCCAUCCAGUCAGCGAGUCAGGAAGUGACCAACCUCCGAUCCGAGCUCUCCGCGACCAGCCGCAAACUGGCAGAGCUGGGCGCCAGCAGCCCCCCGGCGCUGGAGAACCACCUCCAGCACAACCACCGCGAUGACAGCCUCCGCUACAGGGAUCCGUCGAUGCAUCACAGGCAGAAGACGGUGGUGACGGACAUGUGCUACCCGACAGAGAUAUCCAGCCUGAUGGACUUUGGCACUGCAGACUGCUCGCUAGGCAAAGCGCUGCUGCGAGAGGAGGUGGUCCAGCUUCAGGAGGAGGUCCACCUGCUGAGGCAAAUGAAGGACAUGUUGAGCAAAGACCUGGAGGAGACGCAGGGUGGCUGCUCCACCAACCUGCUGUCUGCCACCGAGCUCCGGGCCCAGCUGGGUGACAAGGAGCAGGAGCUGGACCGCGCCAAGGAGGCCUUACAAGCCAUGAAAGCGGACAGGAAGCGGCUAAAAGUGGAAAAAUCAGAGCUGGUGAAUCAGAUGCAGCAGCUGUACACGACACUGGAGAGCAGAGAGGAGCAGCUGAGGGAGUUCAUACGAAACUACGACCAGCACAGAAAGGAGAGCGAGGAUGCGGUGAAAGUCCUGGCGAAGGAGAAGGAUGUUCUGGAGCGGGAGAAAUGGGACCUGAGGAGGCAAACCAAAGAAUCCACGGAGCAGGCCAACAUGCUGCGCUCUCAGAUAGACAUGAAGGAGAACAGGAUUAAGGAGCUGGAGGCCGAGCUCACCAUGGCCAAGCAGUCUCUGGCCACGCUGACGAAAGACGUCCCCAAGCGUCACUCGCUGGUGGUGCAGCCGGAGCCGCUGGUGAAUGGCAGUCAGGAGUGGGUGAUGCAGGCCGACCUGCCGCUCACCGCCGCCAUCCGUCAGAGCCAGCAGACGCUCUACCACGGACACAACGCUGACCGGCAGGCUGUGGUCAGGAUCAGUCCCUGCCACACUCGCCAGCCGUCUGUGAUCUCAGACGCCUCAGCAGCUGACGGGGAGCGCUCGUCUACGCCCAGCGACAUCAACUCGCCUCGUCAUCGGACUCACUCCCUCUGUAACUCCAUGGAAGACCUAGAAGACCAGAAGCGUAAGAAGAAGAAGGACAAGAUGACUCUGGGAUCUCUGUCACGGGUUUUCACCCGAGGAAAGCAGCGCAAGUCACUGGACCCCGGCUUGUUUGAUGGUACAGCCACCCCUGAUUAUUACAUAGAGGAGGAUGCCGACUGGUGAAGCUGAGUGAGCGUGUGUGUGUGUGUGUGUGUGUGUGUUACAUGUGGACAUGUUUUAACUGCGUGUGUCUGGAGGAAGGAGAUGGAUGGAUUGUGAUGGAAACAGAGACUGCUGUUGCCGUAAAUGUACAGUACACAACCCAAGAAAAAUGUAUGUUUGUAAAUUAAAUAUAUAUAUUUAUAGUUGUACAUGUAUGCAUAUGUAUAUAUGUUUACAUGCAUAUAAAUAUAUAUACAGGGUUAUUACAAUGUGUAGACAUGUUUAUGCUGUAUUAUCUUCUAAAUGUCUUCAUGUUUUAUGGGUUUUUUUUCAUAAAUAGAGACUUGAAGGACUGCUGUUUAUAUGUAAAUAUAGGAGCUAUUGUGAAAAAUAGUGUUUAAAUAUUAAUGUUAUCUGGGUUUUGUUACUCUAUGGUUGCUUUCAUCAUGGUUUGCAGCAUUUAUUUCUCUUUUUUAUUGCCAGUUUAUGUCCCGAUCGAUCAUUUCAGGUUCAGUAUUUAUCAAUACCGAGUGAAACUUGAAGUGACCAACAACCUUUCUCUGUUGCUGUCGUUCCUCUACCUCUGUGAGAUGAGAACUAGAGUUCAACUCGAUGAAAUCUGAGAAAAUUUCAAGAAAAAAUAAUCAAAAGUUUCUUAACUCAGACGUCAAAGCUCCACCCUGGAUUGUGAAAAAACUCAUAGUAUUUACAGCUUUAUUUUGUCACAUAAUGCCAGACUAAAACCAAUGAGAACCAGUCCCAUACAAGAACAUUUUUCCAAAAAGUACCAGUAAUGCAGAGCCUCUCCCAUCAUGUGCACGUAAAAUAUGUCAGUUCUUCACUCUUUUAGCAUGAAGUAAUGCUAUUUCCCAUUUCUGACCAUUUUUGCAAAAAUUACUGCUUCAAUAAAUACAAGUUUUUCCAAGUACCACCAUCUUGACAGAUUUAAAAACAGUAUCAGAGCUGGACUUUUACUCUUUUGGUUUGUUCUGCUUUGCUAUUAAAACCCCCCAAAAUAACAGAAACAUUGUUAGUGCUUGAUUAGUUAAAGGAAAUCUCUGCAUUUAAAAUUACAAACAUUACCAAAAAAAAAAGAUAAUCGAGUAUCAAAGUUCUGAAAAUAGUUUUUCACCUCUGAUUAUCUUUCGUUUCAACCCUGUUUGACCGAACGUGUUGGCGACAAACCGUUUUGCAAGCUAAAUUUGCUUUACUGUAAUUCCACGACACUUUGCGCUACCUGAAAAAUGUCAACGGUUUCUGAAAGGGAGACGUUGCGCUUUCCAGCAAAUAUUGGGUUAUUACGGUAAUUUCUCUCCCGCCGUAGCAGGGAGCAUAUAAUCUGACGAGACACUCUUUUAAUAGACGGUAAAUUGCGAAAAUAAUCUGGUUGACAUUGAAAGUUCCAGUUGUUAGGGAGAAAUGGGCAAAAUAUAUUUACUCACAGGACAUUUAAAUUACUGCGUCCAAUUAAAAUAAGCAAAAAUAUCCAGGCGGAGAGUUGAAACUCAGAGGGCUAAACUGUGUUUGUUGCUACGGCGACCAGAGAGAACGAGAUCAGCCACUUUGGGGUCCAUUAUUCAGACCGAUCCAGAGCCCGGACUGGAUCAGAUCGGGACAUCCCUAAACGUUAUGAAAACCACUGGCAGACCAGCAGCCUUUUUAUGGAAAGCACAACUGCAGUGAGUUAAAAACACAAACACAGCGCUAGCUUUCCAAACCAUGUGCAAAAAGUGCCAAAAGUUUAAAACUUAUCACCUUUAGCUUCAUCAUAGCAGCAGCCAUGUAACUCUGUUAAUGUCUCGACUCAUUUCCAGCUAACAUGUGCCAAUCUGAGACAAAGGAAUGUGCUUUUAAUACAUGCAUGGUCCCUACGUGUUGCUUUGAUUAGAUAUCUGUUCAUUUCCUGUCAAAUUAAGCAACAUGAAAACAUCCCUUCUGUGUUACUUUUCCCGUUUUUUUAUACCAAACCUUGCAUUACCAAUGCCUGCACCCUGACUUACUAAGAAUGUUCCUAUUUUUGUUUUAUUUUGUUUUUUGUUCACACCCUCCUCAAUUCCUGCAAAUGUGGCUCUAAUAAACCUGUUAAAAUGCUUUGUAAAUUAGGAUAACAAUACAUGCGCAAAAGAUGAAAUCUAUUGAAGUAUUUUAUUUAAAGAGGAAAAAAAAGAGAUAAACAGAGAGUUAAUUCCUGAUAUUUAUCUGCCUGCAUCUGUUGCAGUCAAAUGCUGAGGAGCUUUCCAAGUGAAUUAUAACUGAAAUGAAAAUCCUAUUUUAAAAAUAAAACCAGAAAGUGAACACGUUGUGGCCGUUGUUCUGUUCCAUGAGUAAUCCUGUUCCUGUGUCUCAGUCUAACGUGUGUCUCCUCCCGCUCCUCCUGCCAUUCCCUAAUGGCAGCUCCUCCUAAACCA